AUGACUUUAGCUCAAACCGAGUGUUGGUCGGUCCCUCAAAUAACUUCUGUUGAAUCUUUAAAGAAAACAAUACAACUUGAUAAUGUAUCAAAAAAACGUAUUAAAUAUAAUAGAGAAGUUGAACAACUUGGAAUACAUUUAGAAGAAGGAAAUGGAAUUACUUCUUAUAAAAUUCAUGGUAAUGAUUAUGGCGUUAAUAAAAGAAUAACAUUUUCCAAACAGCGUUGUCAGAAGUGGGUUUUUAAAGAAUUUACAAAUCCUGCACGAUCUGAUGGGCUUGCACUUAAACAUUGGAUUAAAGAGUCUCAAUUUAAAAAGAAUGAACCUUAUGUAUUUGCAAAGUUAGAUAAACAUGUAAAUAUUCCUAUAUAUACAGAUAUUGAAUAUAUGAGGCAUCUUCAAGAUCCAAAGUGGACACGCCAGGAAACAGAUCAUCUUUUUGAUCUAUGCAGAAGAUUUGAUCUAAAGUGGUAUGUAAUUCAUGAUAGAUGGGAAAUUUUUAAAAAUGGAGAUGAAAAAAAGAAAACUAAAAGUUUAGUUGAUUUGAAAUCACGAUAUUACACUUCUUUAAAUUGGUUAAAUAGUGCUAGAGAUCUAAAUGUUCCUCCAAUAAGAUAUGACGAUGAGCAUGAAAAAAAAAGGAAAAAACAGUUAGCUUUAUUAAUGAAUCGUACAAAAGAACAAAUAGAAGAAGAAGAAGAGUUAUUAAUGGAGUUAAAAAAAAUUGAAGCUCGAAAACGUGAAAGAGAAAGAAGGGCUCAAGAUUUACAGAAACUUAUAAGGAGUAAUGAAAGUAAUCCUAAUUCUCCAGCAAUUAAUUCAGCUGCUUUAUCACCACUUGCAACUAUACCAAAGAAAAAGAUUCAGACAAAGAAUUCAAUAGCAACUACAAGCAGAACAAUUGCAGUAACUCCAAAAAUUCUACCACAAGUACCUCCUGUUUCAUUUGACUUUCCAUCUAUCAGGUGGCCUGAAUUUAAAGGUGUUGGUGUUCAUGCUAGAUCAGCAGAACAAAAACUACCAUCUAGUAUUGGUACAAAGAAAACAGCUAACAUUGAUAAAAUAUUCCUACAUCUUAAACUUCCAUAUGUUGUUGAUUCACAUGAAGAUUUGGUUAGUGAGUACAAUCAAUUUCGAGAUGAAAUUACACAACUUCAUGAGCUUAAAAGUCUUCUUCUUUCUUCUGAAGCCAGUCUGCAAACAUUAUCCCAACAGUUUGAAAAUGAAGGUUUACCACCAUUAAAUAUUGAAAGUAGAUUCCGCGCCUCAACAGCAAUGGAACUUGGUAUUGAUGAUUAUUACAAUGUACAUGGAAUUCCAAAUGAUAUAAAUGAAGUUACAAAACUAGGGUAUCCAAGUAGUUCAAGAAAGUUAAUGGGAUUACUUGAUGUUGUAGCAGUUACUAGUUCACACGCUAGAAAAAGAAAAUCAACUAUUCCCCAAGGAUUCAUGGCUAAUGAGAUGAAAAGAAUUAACUGUAAUAUGACUUCGAAUGGGGAAUACGCAGUAGCUUAUGCAUCUGGAGACUCUACAGGAGACGGCGAUCAUUCAGUGUCAUCGAAAGUUGACACAACUCUUCCAUUACCAACAUAUCAUGUAAAUACCAGUGCAACAAGGAGUAACGGGACUACGCCGCGGUCUAGGGGCAAUAAUGUCUCUCGUCCACACAGUGAAGAUUCCUCAAGGCCGAAAAAUGUAAAUUCAUGUUUAUUUUGUCUUGGAAGUAUUUGGGAUUCAAUUAUUGAAACUGCUGGAAGAUAUUCAUUACUAAGUAUUGUUCUUUCAAUUAUUGGAAUCUUACUUCUUGUAUCUUGUAUACCUUUUACUAUCAUCAUGUUAACACAAUCAGAUUUCUCUAAGGAUGUUGAGGUUCCUCAGACUGGAAAUGUCUCCGCAAGGUCAAUGAACUUCUAUGAAAGUUUCCUUCCUCCAGCUGUUGGUGUUUGUCCUGAAUAUGGAUUUAACUGUAAUAAUGAUCCAAAUGAAUACAUUGGUAUUAUGCAACGAUGUGAUGGAAUUGUUCAUUGUACGGAUGGAAGUGAUGAAGAAAAUUGUCAUGGAUGUCACUCAGGUUUCUCUUGCCCUUCCAAAUCUGAUCCAAGUGUCGUAAUUUGUUUAAGAGGAAAUAAACUUUGUGAUGGAAUUGAACAUUGUGAUGAUGGAAGUGAUGAAAAACUUUUUUGUAACAGAAGAAAUUGUACAGAGAAUGAAUUUUACUGUGAAUCAAAUGGUUCAUGUAUAAAGAAAGAAUACCAAUGUGAUGGAGAUCCUCAUUGCCCUGGUGAGGAGGAUGAGGCUGAGUGUUCUUCAUGUAACAAUAAUGCUGUUUUAUGUCCAUCAACUAAAAAAUGUUUACCAGCAUGGAAUAUUUGUGAUGGAACUGCUCAAUGUUCAGAUAGAUCUGAUGAAGAAAAUUGUAGUUGUAAUAAAUGUUCAGGAAAUGAUAGAGUUAUGUGUAAAAAGUCUGGUUUCUGCACAACAAAAGACCGUGUCUGUGAUGGUAAUGUUGAUUGUCCUUAUGGUGAAGAUGAGGAAGGUUGUCCAGGAACAUGUUCUAUUGACACAAAAGAUUCAUCCGGGAAAAGUCAUUUAGUUCGUGCUUUGAUGGCUGAUGACUUUAUCAAAUGUAAUGAUGGAAAAGAUUAUAUUAGAAACUAUGCCUGUAGUGGACUUUUAAGACAAUGUGACGGAGUUUGUGACAAUGGUUGUGAUACAGAGCUUGCUUUUACCUGUAAGAAUGGAGCUUGUAUUUCAAGAAGUGACCGCUGUAAUGGAGUAUCAGAUUGUGUUGAUGGAUCAGAUGAAGAUAAUUGUGGAUGUGAUGAGGCUACACAGUAUAAAUGUGCCAGUGACAUGGAUAGCAACUUUAAUAAAUGUAUUGAUAAAAAUCUUCUUUGUGAUGGGGUUAGAGAUUGUCCACAAGGAGAUGAUGAAAAGAAUUGUAAAGAAUGUCGAAAUCCAGAUGCAAUUUAUUGUCCCUCAACAUCUACCUGUUAUCCAAGUAUUGCAAGGUGUGAUGGGAUUUCACAGUGUCCUGAUCAUAGUGAUGAGUUGGAGUGUGGUUGUGAAGAAUGUUCUGUUCACCCAUAUAAUAUGUAUGUUUGUUCAACAUCUAAAAGAUGUUUCCGCAAAGAAAGUGCCUGUACACCUUUUCCUGUCUGUCCAUCACCAUCCGAAAGUGAUAUAAAUUAUUGUCUUAACCUACUAAGUACCAAAUCAUCUAUAUUUGGAGGGAAUUUUUAA